UGGUGCCUGCUCCAUGGACAGCAUAAGCCCCUGGAGUCUUGGGCCAGAAGCCAAGAUUUGGUUCCACUCCCAGAAAAGUCAACGAAACCCAUUUUAAGUGGAAUGAUUUCAUCCAGUUCUGCAUGCCGAGUGCCUUGCCAACAUCACUGUUCAUAGCAUGAGUUAUCCCAGGUACAAGCUAAUGGGGUGCAGGGCUGCAGCAUUUCUGUGCAGAUUUGUGAAGCCCUGCGCUAAAAGAUGCUGGAUCUGUCAUACAUGGGCAGGAUUCCACUUGGCUUUAGAGUCUAAAAGCACCUGGGAAUUGUCUGAACCCUUUUUUCUUUAACAAGUCCCUUCCCAUUCCCAACAGCAGCUAACCACCAUCCCGUGCAGAAAGAAGAAAAGCUGCCACAAAAUGGCAGCUCAAAUGUGGUGACCUUGUCAGUGGCUUCAGACCUGGAGCUGUCACUAGUGUCUCAUGUGGAAAGUAUUAAGGGAGCAGCGACACAGGCUAGAAGAAAGGGCAGGAGCCACUGUAUUGGGAAUGUCAAACAUCACACAUGGUGCUGGCUCUGCAGGGCUUCUUUUCCCUGUGCCCUUCCCUUAAAAUAGUCUUCCUUAAAUCACUAAACUUUGCUUUUCCUUUCAGCUUCACAGAGAAGCCCAGCAAAUACAGAAAUAACCUCUGGAGAUGUUCUGCAGAUAUUUCUGCUUCUUCAGUCUGUGUCUUUUCCUUCCAACCCAAAGGAGGUGCUCCGUGGGCCACACGUCUGACACAGCAUCCCUCCCUGGAUUUGAGAACCUCACCACCGGAUACAACAAGUACCUCCGGCCCUACUUUGGUGGAGAGCCUGUUCAAGUUGCAAUGAGUCUGGACAUUGCAAGUAUUUCCAGUAUAUCUGAGAGUGACAUGGAUUACACAGCUACCAUCUAUCUGCGGCAGCGCUGGACAGACCCCCGCUUGGUCUUUCACGGCAACAAGAGCUUCACGUUGGAUGCUCGGCUGGUGGAAUUGCUCUGGGUACCAGACACCUACAUUGUGGAGUCCAAAAAGUCCUUCCUGCACGAUGUCACCGUGGGGAACCGCCUCAUAAGAUUGUUCUCUAAUGGCACUAUCUUGUAUGCCUUAAGGAUCACUACAACUGUUGCUUGUAACAUGGACCUGUCAAAAUACCCCAUGGACACGCAGACCUGCAGACUGCAGCUAGAAAGCUGGGGAUAUGAUGAAAACGACGUCAUCUUCACGUGGCUGAGAGGAAACGAUUCUGUCCAUGGCAUAGAAAAGUUGCGUCUCUCUCAGUACACGGUGGAACGUUACUACACCCUCGUCUCAAAGACCCAGCAGGAAACAGGCAGUUACCCACGACUGAUCCUGCAGUUUGAGCUGAGGAGAAAUGUCCUUUACUUCAUUUUGGAGACCUAUGUGCCCUCCACUCUGCUCGUCAUGUUGUCCUGGGUUUCUUUUUGGAUCACAUUAGAUUCAGUGCCUGCAAGGACGUGCAUUGGAGUAACAACGGUGCUUUCCAUGACAACUCUGAUGAUUGGGUCACGAAGUUCACUUUCAAAAACCAACUGUUUCAUUAAGGCCAUUGAUGUUUACCUCGGCAUCUGCUUCAGCUUCAUCUUUGGUGCCCUUGUGGAAUAUGCAGUGGCUCACUACAGCUCAUCACAAAAGUGUGCAGCUAAAACACCUCAAGAGGGGCCUUCAAAUGAACUCACUAAAGACAUGGCAGAGGUCAACAUUGCUAACAUCCUCACCAGCUACAGACGGAAAAUCAGCUUUACAAGCAUUGAGAUUUCCAGUGAUAAUGUUAACUGCAAUGACUUGACCAUGAAAACUCAUGAGAAAAUCAAACGUGUCUUGAGAAACAAACUGCACAGGAUUAUUGGUUAUUUCACAAUUCAGAACCCCAGCAAUGUAGACCACUACUCCAAAUUGCUUUUCCCUUUGUUCUUCAUGCUGGCCAAUGUGUUUUAUUGGGCUUACUACCUAUAUUUUUAGUAGAAAUUAGUGGCUUCAUUCUCCUACUUCAGUAGGAGAGGAAUCUUGCCAGGUAUCUAACCUGGUAUCUACCCUCAGUGAAUCCAAUGUGCACAAACUGCUGUGUUGUGCUUCCUGAGGUACAGAAAGAGUAUGAGGUAUGCAAGGUGCAAAGCCUUGGUGCUUCAGCAUUAGCAAUGUUGACACUGGACAACUGCUUGUUCAGCUGAGUGGCUGUAUUGGGCUCUUCUGCUCAUACCUGCUCUUCAUUCCAGCAUCCAGCCUCUCACCUGGCUGAAGAUGGGUGUGCAGGACUGCAUGAGGCAGGCCGCAGAACACUAUAGGUGGCAAAAUUAUCUUUGUGUACUCUGAGGCAGGAUGGAACCUUGUAAUUUAGCUCUCCAAGAGGAUGUAGGAUUAUAGCUGUUAUUCUUUGUUUGCCAGAGAUAACAGAGCAACUGUGAUUGCAGUCUCAAUAGCUCCUCUGUUCAAGGGGACCAAAGGCAGCAGUAGUGUGCCCUGUGCAGGCUCCAUGCAUUCUGCUUCCUUGUCCUGGGGUAAUGUAGUGCCAGAUCAGGGGGUUUGGUGUGGCUGGCAUCGGCGCAGUGGUAUGCCUCAUUGUUUUCAACACCUGUUUGACUCCUUGAGGUGACCCUCACUUGCUGCAGUUAUCCAUUCCUGAGAUACAGAGGGUGGUUUUGUUUGUAGAGCUGCAUUUUUUCAGAGAUUCAGGAACACCAAAUAGAAGCAGCGACUGUUCUGUAACACAUCUCUUGCACUGUUGUGGUGCAGUUGAACAGAUUCUACCACAAAUCCUUGUGUCUUCCUCGCAAAUUCUUUCUCAUCCUGCAGAGUGCCUCCUUCAGCUUCCAGUGCCAGAAGCAGCUCUUGUUCCUUGCUAGCCAUAUGCAAGAGUGGCCAGUAUGUCGUCCCCUCCUUUAUGUGGCUGUGCAGCUGUGGCAAGUCAGCAGUGCUACUGGGUGAAAAUCUGUGUCGGGCUGACCUACAAUGAUCUAAAUCAGCCUUUCACUCGCUAUUUUAGGCUGAAACAGUGUCAGGCUUCUGCAGAAAUCCAGCUGGGCUCUGGGAACUGCUGGUCAGGUUUGGUUAUCCUGCGAUUAGCAGGACUGAGAGCUUUGUUUUAAAAAUAAGUAUGGGGCAAGCACACAUAUUUGAAAACCAAAUGCCAUUUAGGGCUGCUGGUAGUCUUUAUUUCCCAACUUUAAAAUGGACAUUCUAUGGCAGAUUUCCCCCUCUUCCCCUCCUUUUGGUCUAUGCAGCCUUCAUAACUUUGAGGGUGAAUUCUUGCAGUCCUAUUAGGGAAACCUGUCAUUGCCUGCAGUAGCCAGCAUUCAGCAGGAGUUCUGACUGAGCAGGUAGCUUAUGUUACAGUAUCAUGCACACAGUUGUUUGCUUAGGGUAAGAGUCUCUUACUAGAGGUUCCUACAGAAGCUGGGAAAAGCACAUGAAACUAUGGAUUUUUUGCUUUAAUAACUUUUUAUUGAACCACUUCUCCACACUCUAUUGUGACGGAUCUAAACCACAUAUUCAUAAAUCACAGCUUUUACAAAGAGCAGCAGAAGAAGUCAAAGGGGAGCAGACUGACAAUGGCAAGUGAAUAAACACAAACUCCAAUAAUGAAACAUUGUCUUGUAUGUACUGGCAUUUAAAGCCCAUCCCAUAAAAUGUAAUCAAGUGAAUGUGUGUGAUAUGAACACAAACCCCUAGACAGAUCCUCUAUUAAAAACAAAACCAAAA